UGUCGCGUGGCAGGUUAAUCUAAUAGAAAUUCUACAGAGUGAGAGUAAAACAUAAGAGAGAAGAAAGAGGAGAAAAAGGAGAGAAGGAGACAAAGAAAGAAGUGGCGUCACGUAUACAAAAAGUGUACAUUUUGCUACUAAUAUCCUCCGAAGUAGGAAUAUAUGGAUGAAGCCAUCUUCCAGUAACUACAUAUCGUAAUAACAGUAAUAUUAAUAAUAAUGGCCUUCAGGAGAUCAUUAGAAAAAUUUAUAAUUACACACUUGCGCAAAAAUGUGGCAGCUUCAUCAAUAUGCGAAUCACCUUGGCAAAUGAAAUUUGAAAAUUACAAUAGUUUUUUCCAUCCGAAUCUCUGCCAUGUUUGCAAAACAAUGAUGCGCAAUAGGGUAGAGUGUCCUUGGUGCCGCAUGAUCUCUUACUGCAGCGUGGCGCAUAUGAAGCUGCAUCAACCAGAGCACGUAGAAAUCUGUGGCGCAAUAGUAAAGCUCAAUUUGUCCCGAGACGUAAGAGAUUUCCGUGGUGAAACGCUGAUGGAAUGUAUCAAAUUCAAGAAGGAUAAUAUAAACGAUAUCAUACCGCUACUAAAUUACCGCGAUUUGGAGCCGUACGAAAAGCAAAUGUUCUUGUUCCCUAAAUCGUGUUACAUUUGUUACACACAGAAAAAUCUGUCUUCUCCUUGUCAACGAUGCUCAUCCAUCAACAUAUGCGAGAAGCACGAUUUCAUAUAUCAUGAAUGCAAAUUGUUAAAGCAGAGUUGCGAACUGGAUUUGGUUAAGAUAUGGUCUGGUGAGAACAGAGAGGAGAGAAUUUUUGAGAAGUGCGUAAAAUAUAACAUAAUAGAUUGUCCAGACACUAAAACUUUUAUCAGAGAAAAUAUAGAAGAUAGGUUGGCACCUCAAUAUUCAUGCGAUGCUAUUCUUCGCCUGUCUGAUGACUUGUCCGCACCGCUGUCAUUGAUAUAUGCCAUGAACAGCGCAGGUAUAUACACAAUCCGUCCGUCGAAGAAAUCCUAUGUUAUUCAUAUCCUAAUCGAAACACCUAUGGACAAGCGCAGUGUAUAUGCUUGGGAACUCUUGCUUCAUCAAUUUUGUACGAUUCCAUCGUUAUCAAUUGAAAUGAUAGGAAAAGAAUUGCCAGUUGAAGCUUAUACACUAGAGCUUUGUAGAAACUGUACAUCCGACAAACGAAAAAUUCGUUAUAGAAGUCAUAACAUGACUUAUUGCAAUUAUGCGAACGCAAGAAAAUUAUAUAAGUUACCAAACGUGAUUGUAGUAUUUAACGUGGAGUUGACUUGUGACAAUGACAUAAUAGCACUUCAAUAUCACUGUUGUCCGUUACUUAUGUUGGCCCAGACGAAAGAUAGGAUUGAAAAUAAUGUAAAAGAAAUAUAUGAGAUAUUGAGCAAUAUGAAAUUCUCUCCAAAGUUUCCGAAUCCUGAUGUUUAUAAAAUGAAUAAAUUUAUGUCGGUUAGGCCAUACAGAGACGUGACUGGUGGCGUAAUGUUCCCCAGCAAGUAUUUAAUAUACUAUAAGAAUUUAGAGGGAAUAAAGGAUAAGUGUAACAGUUUUCAUGCAUGAUUGUAUGAAUGUAAGAAAAUUAUAUGUUACAUGUUAGGCAUAUUUUUCAUGGAUUCCGAAUAUUUUAAUAUCAUUUUAUGAUUUUGAAAAACAUCAAUGCUAAUGGUUUCUUUAUUGAAUGUUAUCGUUUCUUGACCUGCGUAAGCGAGCCAAUUUAAACAAACAAUAGUACUAGUAAAUAAUUGUAUUGUUACUUUUUAGGUUGUAUCCUUAGAAUCAUAUAUGUAAGAUAGAUUACUAUACAUUUUUAUCGCAGAUAUUUAAUUAUAAAAAAUCAUGUUAAAGUAAAAAUUAACGUUCAAGCGGAAUAAAUACUGGUCAUAUUCGUGAUAUUAAUAAAGAAUGUGGAGCAUUAGUUGUUUCUAAAAUUUAAAUAUUUCAUUUUGUAAUAAUCAUUUGAUUGCAUGUGGAAGCUUGUGUGAAGAAUUGUGCGUAUGAAUAGUAUUAGGUAAACCGAAAUAGUCGAAAUAUUCAUGUUAGACAGUUUCAUGAUAAUAGGAACAUUAUUAGUAUAGUUAACGACAUACAGUUUGAGUCUUUUUCACAGAUAUCAGCAUCAAGGUUGUCCAUUACUUUUAACAAUUAAGUCGAUAAUUAUAGCUAAUAAUAGUAUAAUGAAAAUAUGUAAAGGAUACUGUGAUCAUAUCCGCUACUUUACAAAGAAAAUAAACUCGCAUCUUUUAGAUAAUGCA